CUGGGUGCUCACUGGGAUACGCUGAGCGGACGCUCGGUGAGGGGCUUUCUGGGUAAUGUAGUUCGCGUCGCGUAAGUAUCGCCGCGGCGGCCGCGAGCCCUGAUCACCUAGGCAACGACCCAGCCGCACCGCCACUGGCUCAGGGACCUAGUAUCGUAGUGGGCUGCGGGCCUCGAGCCGCGGCUUGAUCCGAGUCUGGGCGUUUCUCGUGAGCGGCAGAGGAUGGGGCGGGACUUCCGUCGUCGCCAUGGCACUCUUCACUUCGUGGUUGGUGGGUUGCUUGGCAGGCGGCCGCUGGGACCAGAGAUGCGGGACGGGAAGUGCCGGCACCGUCGUCGUAGCACUGCACGCACUUUUACCCCUCCGCUAAUGGCCCCUCCUUCCUGAGCCGUGGUUUCGCCGGAUGUAGAACGGAGGUAACGAGGCUCCACACUCCGUCUUCGUCCCAUGGCCCCCAGCCUCCCAGGUCCUUGGGUGCAUUCCGUACUGGGGAAGACUAAGGCCUUUAGUGCGACCGUCAGCCCGCGGUCACCUCGGCCAGUGGGGGUUUGAGGGUUUGAUUGAGUCCUCAUUGUUUGUCCCUGUCGCCGCCUCGCACGGUCCCGCCCAACCCACAGACUGACCAGGCCAGCAGCGUCGCUGAUGGACCCGGGGCAGCCCAUCCAUUGGCCUCCUGGCUUAGUUCUCUCAUCAUUGCAGAGCCCAGUGACCUUUGAAGAUGUGGCCGUGUACUUUUCCAAGGAGGAGUGGGGGCUUCUUGAUGCAAGCCAGAGGCACCUGUACCACAAUGUGAUGCUGGAGAACUUUGAGCUCAUGACCUCACUUGGUUGUUGGCAUAGAGUGGAAGAUGAGGGGGCCCAUUCCAAGCAGAAUACUUCUGUAGAAGGGAUGUCACAGGUCAGGAUCCCCAGUGCAAAUCCUUCCACCCAGAAGGCUGACACCUGUGAUAUGUGUGGCCCAUUCUUGAAAGACAUUUUGCACCUGGAUGAACAUCAAGGAACAUAUCCUGAGGAGACCCUCUACACAUGUGGAACAUGUGGAAGAGAAUUUUGGUUCAGUGCAAACCUUCACCAGCACCAGAAGGAGCUCAGUGGAGAAAAGCCCUUCAGAUGGGACAAGGACAAGGACUCAUUUGUGGAAAAUCUUACAGUCCACCUAUCAGAGAAGCCCUUCACUUGUGAGGAAGGUGGUAGGGAUGCCUUGGACACCCAUGACUUCUUCCAGCACUCAGCCAUUGACAGUAGCAGGAAGCCACAAAGGACCACAGAUUGCAGGGAGACCUUUUCACACAGCUCUAAUCUUGAGCAGCUCCCAGAAGUCCAUACUACACAGAAACUCUUUAAGUGCAGCAACUGUGGAAAAGCCUUUCAGAAGACCUCCACCCUCCUCAACCACCUGAGAACUCACUCUAAAGAGACACCAUUUAGAUGCCCAACAGUUGGAAAUUCCUUAGAGGAGAAAUCAACCCUUGUUAAUCACCAAAAAUAUCAUGAUCGAGAAACAUGUCACGUGUGUAAAGCAUGUGGGAAGACCUUCAGUCACCCUUCUAAACUGAGGAAGCACCAGAAAUUUCACACCAGAGUAAAACAUUAUGAGUGCAGUGAUUGUGGGAAAACCUUCAACCGCAAACUCACACUUGUUCAUCACCAGAGAAUUCACACAGGAGAAAGGCCUUAUGAGUGCAGUGAAUGUGGGAAAGCCUUUAAUAAAAGGUCACAUCUCACUCGGCAUGAGAAAGUUCACACUGGAGAAAGGCCUUUUGAGUGCAGCAAAUGUGGAAGAGCCUUCAGCCAAAGCUCCAAUUUCCUUCGACACCAGAAAGUUCACACUCAAGUGAGACCUUAUGAGUGCAAUCAGUGUGGUAAAGCCUUCAGCCGCAGCUCUGCCCUCAUUCAGCACUGGAGAGUUCACACUGGAGAAAGGCCUUAUGAGUGCAGUGAGUGUGGAAGAGCUUUUAACAAUAACUCCAACCUUGCUCAGCACCAGAAAGUUCAUACUGGAGAACGGCCUUUUGAGUGCAGUGAAUGUGGAAGAGACUUCAGCCAAAGCUCCCACCUCCUUCGACAUCAGAAAGUUCAUACUGGAGAACGGCCUUUUGAGUGCACCGAAUGUGGGAAAGCCUUCAGCAAUAGCUCUACCCUCAUUCAGCACCAGAAAGUGCAUACGGGGCAAAGGCCUUAUGAAUGCAGUGAAUGUAGAAAGGCCUUCAGCCGCAGCUCCAGCCUGAUUCAGCACUGGAGAAUUCACACUGGGGAAAGGCCUUAUGAGUGCAGUGAAUGUGGGAAAGCCUUUGCUCACAGUUCCACUCUCAUUGAGCACUGGAGAGUUCACACAAGAGAAAGGCCUUAUGAGUGUAGUGAAUGCGGGAAAUUCUUUAGCCAGAACUCCAUUCUUAUUAAACAUCAGAAAGUUCACACUGGAGAAAGGCCUUAUGAGUGCAGCAAAUGUGGGAAAUUCUUUAGCCGAAAGUCCAGCCUCAUUUAUCACUGGAGAGUUCACACUGGAGAAAGGCCUUAUGAAUGCAGUGAAUGUGGGAGAGCCUUCAGCAAUAACUCUUACCUGGUUCGUCACCAGAGAGUUCACACGCAAGAAAGGCCCUAUGAGUGCAGCCAAUGUGGGAAAGCCUUUAGUGAAAGAUCUACACUUGUUCGACACCAGAUAGUUCAUACCAGAGAAAGAACUUAUGAGUGUGGCCACUGUGGGAAAAUCUUCAGCCGCCUCUGCAAUCUUGCUCAGCAUAAAAGGAUUCAUAACUGAAUGGAGCCUUAUGGAGAUGGUCCUUCUGAGAAGAUCUUCAGCCAAGUCAAACUUCAUGCAGCAGAAUACCGACAAAGAAGUUACCUGCAUGUACCACUAGUGUGGAGAAGGCUUCAGAAGGUACUCUGCCCUUUCUGAGCAGCCCAGGGCUGAGCUCUCUCCCCUUUGGAGCAUAAACUGCUUUCCAGCCUGCCCCGAUCCAAAUAUUUGCAGCAGUCAUCUACAUAUGCAGGGAGAAAACAGCUCCCUGUGCCUCCCUUCCCCUUUCCUGGAGGGAAACAAGAAUGUCCUGGGCCCACUAGAAUGGCUUCAUUCCCAUUGCUUCUGGAAGAGUUAGGAAGUGAACUUACCCCAUGCUGGUCGAGGGGCCUCAAGGGAUGUCCAGUUUGGGCUUCUCAGAAAGAUGCACAUUCCUCAUGGAUGUUGUCAUGUCUGCAUGUAACCCCAGUUAUGUGUCCAUUGAGUCUACACGUCACCCUUCCCUGGAACCGCUUAUCUUAGUCUUUUCUGUUCUGCAUGAUAAUAAAGACCUUAGUAAUCAC